UCCUCUUUAUUGGAUUGUAAUUAGACUGAUAGCUCAAGGAACCAAAAACAAAACGGAGAAAAGAAAGAAAAAACAAAAUUAUCUCUUUAAAUUAAAAAAAAAGAGAGAAUUCUCAGCCUUGAUUUUAUUUUUAAUUAUCAGCAACUGUUUUGGAGUUUUCAGAUUCUUUUCUGGAAUUUUCUCAUAGGAAAAAUUCUGGGUUUUCAUUUUUCCUUCUUGGGUUUAAUUUGUUCCUAUGCAGUUUGGUAUAUUCCAUUAAUAGCUCAAUAUUAAACAAAAUCUAUAAAGUUUAAAUUUAUUUCCAUAAAUCUCAUUGCUUAGUCUAUAAAAGUUGCAACUUUUCUCUGAAACUAUACUUUUCAUUUCUGAAAUAAAAAAAAACAAUAGAGAGAGAGAGAUUAUGGGGAAGCAAGGACCUUGCUACCACUGUGGCGUUACAAGCACACCUCUGUGGAGAAAUGGCCCACCUGAGAAGCCAGUGUUGUGCAAUGCGUGUGGAUCUCGUUGGAGAACAAAGGGAUCACUUGUGAACUACACUCCACUUCACUCUCGUGCUGAUGGUGAAGAGAACAAGGAUGAUCAGAGGUACCAAAGAAUGAAGAGCAUCUCUGUGAAUAACAAGUACAAAGAGACUAAGACGCUCAAGAGGAAAGCAAUCCAAGAACCGGUCUUGGAACUCAACUAUGGUUUCAAAAAGGCUGUGGUGGAGGAGGAUGCUAGUAAUAGAUCGAGUUCUGGUUCUGCUAUAUCCAACUCUGAGAGCUGUGCACAGUUUAGCAGUGCAGAUGGGAGCGAGUUAACAGGUCCAUCUCAAUCUAACGGAUGGGACACAACGGUUCCUUGCAAGAGGAGGACAUGUGUGGGCCUCCGUCCAAAGACAUCUUCAGUUGAAAAGCUCACACAGGACCUUUACAAUAUUCUACAAGAGCAGCAAUCGUCAGUUUCAUCAGAGGAAGAAGAUCUUCUGUUUGAGAAUGAGAUGUUGUCAAUGGUCUCUGUUGAGAUUGGACAUGGGAGUGUUCUGAUGAGGAAUCCUCACACGUUUGCUCGGGGAGAGGUUUCUGAAGAAGCCAGCUCCCUCUCUUCGGUUGAGAACAAGUCAUCCAUCAGUGAUGCAUACUCCUCACAUUCCAUGAAGCGUGCUGAGAUUGGAGCAGAGAGAGGUUCGGUGUCUGUUGGACAAGUAGUAAAGGAAGAGCAACUCAAGAGGACCAAGUCCCAAACUGGAAGAGUGCAUGUCCUGGGGAGCCAUGGUGCACCACUUUGUAGCAUAGAUUUGAAAGAUAUUUUCAACUUUGAUGAGUUCAUAGAACAGUUUACAGAAGAAGAACAGAAGAAACUGAUGAGAUUGCUUCCUCAGAUUGACUCUGUUAACCUUCCUGAUAGCCUCAGAAUGAUGUUUGAAAGUGCUCAGUUCAAAGAGAACUUCUCUUUGUUUCAGAAACUUAUUGCUGAUGGUGUCUUUGAGAUGCCUUCUACUAGCUCUGAAGCAAAACUUGAAGAGAUGAGGUCUUUUAAGAAGCUUGCAUUGUCUGAUUUUAGCAAAUCUCGUUUGGUGGAAAGCUAUAACCUUCUCAAGGAAGGAGACAAAGGGUCUGCUACAACUUCAAGAAGCUCAAACCCAAAUGUACAUAAACAUAUUGUAACCAUUAAGAGACGCUGUGAAAACCAAACUCAGUUAAAGUCAGAGUCAAGAGGGCUUAUGAGGAGCCCCAAAAGUGUAACAAAGAUGAAAGCAAGCCAUGAAGGAAACGGCUCAUGCUUUAGCCAAAGAAGCUUGGCUUCUGUGUUUGCUCAAGGUAAUUGCAGUUCUGAUCAAGAUCUCCUUCUUUUGGACUUGCCGUCAAAUGGUUCGUUUCCUCAAGCAGAGCUGCUUCACCAACUAUGAGGGGACAAAGAUUUACACUUCAUGGUGCUUCUCAGUGGUGAAAGAAGGAUUCUUAAGCUGGAUCUCUCUUUGCUUGAUUGAGGGAUUGAUGAUAGAGACUCUUAGGCUCUCCGAGUCUUCUUCUUUUGUCUUGGGCUUUUCUUUUGGUGGUUAAGUUUUAUAAGGUGGGUCUUAUAUUCAUACUAUAUGGUGGGUCUUAUCUAUACAUAUGUAUUUACAUAUUGCCUCCUCUCUUUCAAUGAACUUUUUAAACUUGAAACUUCCAUAUU